AUGUCCACUAGUUGGCUGACACGACGUUGUGACGAGGGGGCGGGGGCGGAGCAAGCCAAGGCGGGGAGUUACGUGGAAAAAUGGGAAUGCGGUUACCCUGCUGUGGUUACCCUGCUCCCCUCCCUACUGUGGUUCCUCUCCUCCCUUCCCUGCUGCGGUUCCUCUCCUCCCUUCCCAGCUGUGGUUCCCAUGCUCCCCUCCCUGCUAUGGUUCCUCUCCUCCCUUCCCUGCUGUGGUUCCCCUGCUCCUCUCCCUGCUGUGGUUCCUCUCCUCCCUUCCCUGCUGUGGUUCCCAUGCUCCCCUCCCUGCUAUGGUUCCUCUCCUCCCUUCCCUGCUGUGGUUCCCCUGCUCCUCUCGCUGCUGUGGUUCCUCUCCUCCCUUCCCUGCUGUGGUUCCCCUGCUCCUCUCCCUGCUGUGGUUCCUCUCCUCCCUUCCCUGCUGUGGUUCCCCUGCUCCUCUCCCUGCUGUGGUUCCUCUCCUCCCUUCCCUGCUGUGGUUCACCUGCUCCCUUCCCUGCUGUGGUUCCUCUCCUCCCUUCCUUGCUGUGGUUCCCCUGAUCCUCUCCCUGCUGUGGUUCCUCUCCUCCCCUCCCUGCUGUGGUUCCCCUGCUCCCCUCCCUGCUGUGACUCCUCUCCUCCCUUCCCUGCUGUGGUUCCCCUGCUCCUCUCCCUGCUGUGGUUCUUCUCCUCCCCUCCCUGCUGUGGUUCCCCUGCUCCCCUCCUUGCUGUGGUUCCUCUCCUCCCCUCCCUGCUGUGGUUCCUCUCCUCCCCUCCCUGCUGUGGUUCCCCUGUCCCCACAUCUGCUCUUACUCCAAGCUCGGAGCACUGGAAUUCCACCAUUCAUCUCAUGUAG